AUGGGUUCUGAGAACCUUCAAUUAUGUCCUAAGUCAGAUCCAUUACCCUCCAAAGACUCAGGCCCUAUAUUGCUGCCGGAAACAGAGCCAGCACCACCGAAAGAAGUGGAACAGAAAAAGAAGAGGAGGAGGCAGAAGAAGAAGAAGAAAAAUAAGGGUGAGCUCGAGGGUGAAGGGGUCAAAUCAAAUAGACCCAAUGAUGAACACGCUCAACAAUGUCUUGAAGCAAAGCCAAUAACACUAGAAGAACGAAAUCAGGGAGAGCGAAAGGGACAGGUGAUGAAUAAAACCCAUGACUCUUCUGUUGGGUCAAGGGUGACCCACAACUACAACUUAAGAUCUGGAACGGGAGCCGGCAUACUCAGUAAUGAAGGGAUAGCGCCUGGACCCUGGGUCCCAAAAGGGCCCUUGAAAGACUAUGAACGUUAUGAGAGAUGUUUGGAGUGUAGACAAAUUUGUCAAAGGGAUCAGCAAUGUAGAAGGCGGAGAUAUCUCAAUAAUAAUCUGGAAAUUUGCUUUUUUUGUUGUGCAAAUGGGCAUACACUUGGAAGAUGUCCAAUGGCUCCAGGAGCAAAAUGUGCUAAAGGCAUAAUCAUGGUGGAUGAUUUUGUAAAGAAGAAAUGCCGUGAGGUGACUCCUGCUAAUGUGCCAACUCCUCCUAUUGUGCCAGCUCCUGUUAUGUCCCAGCUCCUGCUAUUGUGCCAGCUCCUGCUAUUCGGCCAACCUAUUCACCACUCUUGACAAGCCUCCUGCAGAACAGCAUCCAACCAUAUCUUGCUCCGUUCGUGAGCCCAAUAUUUGGUCCUUCUUGAUUUUGGAGAAAGUAGAAAAGUUGUGUUGUAUCCGGACCAAAAGUAGGUAAGUUUUGUUGUGCAGUACUACUCUAUCUUCGUUUUGAUAUUCCGAAUUUUGAAGGUCCUGAAAUGUAAUAAUUGCAGUUUUUUUUUUUUUAAAUGUGGGCUCAUGUAUGUUUCUGCACGAGCCUUCCUCUCCAGUAUAAACGUCUAUACAGAUGUUAAGAGUUUACUCUUCAAGUACAAGUUGCAGGAAAACCAUUUCACCUUAUGCCUUGUUUGGUAUGAGGAAUUGGGACGGAUAAAGCCUAUAUAUAUUAAGAUGUUUGGUAA